CGCACCAUUCCCUUCUAGCGCGCCGGCACCCGGCUUGUGAUCGCGGCCUUUCUGAGUUGUUUGUUGGUGGCACUCGCUGGCCAUGUUGAGGCAUCGUGGUGGGCUCUCUUUCGUACAUCUGUGCAUGACUUCAUUGUGGGCGGGAUGAGAGGAGCUCGGGUAGCGCGAUCUUCUGAGGUCAGCCUGGUGUAAGAAUAUCCCUUGGUCUUUUUUACGUAUAUGCGCCCAAACAUGAUAAAGAGUACUCGUACUGAAUUCGCGGCCCUUGUUGUCCAGCGGAUGACCGGUGUUACGUGGACAGCUCUGGGGGCUGAUAAACAUGUGGUGGUAGUCCGUUACCUCCUACUUGUCAUAGCAGCAGCACUCGCCGACCGUUGACCACUGCAGGGAAUUUCCCUUGAUUCAUUGCGACAGUGGGAGAACUAUGCUUUGCAUGGAGGGUCAAACGGCAGUCUUUACGCCUUCAUUGAGCGGGCACGUCAAGAGAUGACUGGGGAGCUAGAAGGACUAGAGGAAGAAGCUUCGCAUGACGAAGGCUCGGAGGAAGGUCCUCGGCCAGAUACCAUAGGUCCUCUUAGGUCGAGCUGGAAGCUCCGAAAGCCCCGCCGCUGGAAGGAGGUCUAUCUAGCGUUCGAGAAAUUCAGCCAGAGAAGUUUGGGUAUCAACAGCUCUGAUCACCAGCCCAUGAGCAGCAGAGACUUUUGACAUUGAUGUAUUGAUAUACAGC